AGCUGGGAGUCAGGUGUUUUGAGAGUGGAGUCUUCUGCUCUGCCCCCAGGGUCCGUGUCACCUGCACUGGGGCAGGGAGAGUGUGCCCCAGCCCAGCCCCACCACCAAAAAUGAUGCCUGAGGAGUCCAGGAGCUCCUUCCCUUAACAGAGCGGAGAACGGCGUCCGGAGCUGCAGCAUGGACCAGCGAGAGCCCCUGCCUCCCGCUCCUGCAGAAAGUGAAGCGAAAUAUGAUUCUAAUAAUAAUGAAGAGGAAGAGGGAGAACAGUUCGAUUUUGACAGUGGAGAUGAAAUCCCAGAAGCGGACAGGCAGGCUCCCUCCACCCCUGAGACAGGAGGUGCUGGAGCUGGUGAAGCCCCUGCACCCGCUGCUGAGGCCUCAGGAGGUGAGGACGGAGCUGGAGCAGAAACCACCCCAGUGGCCGAGCCUGCUAAGCUGGUGCUCCCACUGAAAGUCAACCCGUAUUCUGUCAUCGACAUCACGCCAUUUCAGGAGGACCAGCCACCUGCCCCCACGCCUGGCAAUGAGGAGGAGAAUGUGGGUCUCCAUGUGCCUUGUGGGUACUCGGUGCCUGUGCCCUGUGGCUAUGCAGUGCCCUCCAACCUGCCCCUCCUGCUGCCCGCCUACUCUAGCCCAGUCAUCAUCCGAACCACAUCCCUGGAUGAAGAAGCAGAGACGCCGGAAGGCACAGAAGAUCGCCCGCUCGAUUCUCUGAGUUCCGAGGAGCCUCCAAACAGUGAAGAUCACGUCAGUCGAGAGGACAGCGCCCUGGCCCGCUGGGCUGCAGACCCAGCCAACACAGCCUGGAUGGAGAAUCCCGAAGAAGCAAUUUAUGAUGACGUUCCAAGGGAAAACUCAGACUCUGAACCAGGUUUGAUUUUGUCUGGAAUUGAUCUGAGGAGAUUCAGCUCAGCAGCCUUUCCCUCUGGAUGCAAAAAUGAAAUGAUUUAUGAUGAUGUUGAGAAUGGGGAUGAAGGUGGAAACAGCUCUUUGGAAUACGGCUGGAGCUCGAGUGAAUUUGAAAGUUACGAAGAGCAGAGUGACUCGGAAUGCAAGAAUGGGAUUCCCAGGUCCUUCCUCCGCAGCAACCACAAAAAGCAACUUUCUCAUGACCUAACCCGUUUAAAGGAGCACUAUGAGAAAAAGAUGAGAGAUUUGAUGGCAAGCACGGUGGGCGCGGUGGAGAUUCAGCAGCUCAGGCAGAAGCAUGAACUGAAGAUGCAGAAGCUCGUGAAGGCUGCGAAGGAUGGGACCAAGGACGGGCUUGAAAGGACCAGGGCGGCCGUGAAGAGGGGCCGCUCGUUCAUCAGGACUAAGUCUCUCAUCGCUCAGGAUCACAGAUCUUCUCUUGAAGAGGAGCAGAACGUGUUCAUUGAUGUUGAUUGCAAGCACCCGGAAGCCAUCUUGACCCCGAUGCCUGAGGGCUUGUCUCAGCAGCAGGUUGUAAGAAGAUAUAUACUGGGUUCAGUUGUCGACAGUGAAAAGAACUAUGUAGAUGCUCUUAAGAGGAUUUUGGAGCAAUAUGAGAAGCCACUGUCUGAGAUGGAGCCAAAGGUUUUGAGUGAGAGGAAGCUGAAGACAGUGUUCUACCGAGUCAAAGAGAUCCUGCAGUGCCACUCACUGUUUCAGAUUGCGCUGGCCAGCCGCGUUUCCGAGUGGGACUCCGUGGAAAUGAUCGGCGACGUCUUCGUGGCUUCGUUUUCUAAAUCCAUGGUGCUGGAUGCAUACAGUGAAUAUGUGAACAAUUUCAGCACAGCCGUGGCAGUCCUCAAGAAAACAUGUGCUACAAAGCCUGCUUUUCUUGAAUUUUUAAAGCAGGAACAGGAGGCCAGCCCUGACCGAACCACGCUCUACAGCCUGAUGAUGAAGCCCAUCCAGAGGUUCCCGCAGUUCAUCCUCCUGCUCCAGGACAUGCUGAAGAACACCUCCAAAGGCCAUCCCGACAGGCUGCCGCUGCAGAUGGCCUUGACAGAGCUCGAAACACUAGCAGAGAAAUUAAAUGAAAGAAAAAGAGAUGCCGAUCAGCGCUGUGAAAUGAAGCAGAUCGCAAAAGCCAUCAAUGAGAGAUACCUGAACAAGCUUCUCAGCAGUGGAAACCGAUACCUCAUUCGGUCGGAUGAUAUGAUAGAAACGGUUUACAACGACAGAGGAGAGAUUGUUAAAACCAAAGAGCGCCGACUCUUCAUGUUGAAUGAUGUGUUGAUGUGUGCCACAGUCAGCUCACGCCCCUCGCAUGACAGCCGUGUGAUGAGCAGCCAGAGGUAUUUGCUGAAGUGGAGCGUUCCACUGGGACACGUGGAUGCCAUUGAGUACGGCAGCAGCCCUGGCGCGAGUGAGCACAGCAGGCACCUCGCCGUGCACCCGCCUGAGAGCCUGGCCGUGGUUGCUAACGCGAAACCAAACAAAGUUUAUAUGGGGCCAGGACAACUGUAUCAAGAUUUGCAAAACUUGUUACAUGACUUAAAUGUAAUCGGUCAAAUCACUCAGCUGAUAGGAAACCUUAAAGGAAACUAUCAGAACUUAAACCAGUCAGUAGCCCAUGAUUGGACAUCAGGUUUACAAAGGCUCAUUUUGAAGAAAGAAGAUGAAAUCAGAGCUGCGGACUGCUGCAGAAUUCAGUUACAGCUCCCAGGGAAGCACGACAAAUCUGGGCGACCGACCUUCUUUACAGCUGUGUUCAAUACGUUUACCCCUGCCAUCAAGGAGUCCUGGGUCAACAGCUUACAGAUGGCCAAGCUUGCCCUGGAAGAGGAGAACCAUAUGGGCUGGUUCUGUGUGGAAGAUGAUGGGAAUCACAUUAAAAAGGAGAAGCAUCCUCUCCUUGUCGGACACAUGCCCGUGAUGGUGGCCAAGCAGCAGGAGUUCAAGAUUGAAUGUGCUGCUUAUAAUCCUGAACCUUACCUAAACAAUGAAAGCCAGCCGGAUUCAUUUUCCACGGCACAUGGUUUCCUGUGGAUUGGAAGUUGUACCCAUCAAAUGGGUCAGAUUGCCAUCGUCUCGUUUCAAAAUUCCACCCCCAAAGUCAUCGAGUGCUUCAAUGUCGAAUCUCGAAUCCUGUGCAUGCUGUACAUUCCUGUUGAGGAGAAGCGCAGAGAACCCAGGGCACCCCUGGACCCUGAGACCUCAGCCACAAGAGCUUCUGAUGUCCCAACGAUCUGCGUAGGGACGGAGGAGGGAAGCAUUUCCAUUUAUAAAAGCAGUCAAGGCUCCAAGAAAGUGAGACUUCAGCACUUUUUCACUCCUGAGAAGUCCACAGUCAUGAGCCUGGCUUGCACGUCUCAGAGCCUGUACGCCGGCCUGGUCAACGGAGCGGUCGCCAGCUACACCAGGGCCCCAGAUGGAUCCUGGGAUUCAGAACCUCAAAAAGUGAUAAAGUUAGGUGUCCUGCCCGUUAGAAGUCUACUCAUGAUGGAAGACACGUUGUGGGCAGCUUCUGGAGGUCAAGUCUUCAUCAUCAGUGUGGAGACUCACGAUGUAGAGGGUCAGCUGGAGGCCCACCAGGAGGAAGGCAUGGUGAUCUCCCACAUGGCCGUGGCCGGUGUCGGCAUCUGGGUGGCCUUCACCUCGGGGUCCACGCUCCGCCUUUUCCACACGGAAACACUGAAGCACCUUCAGGACAUCAAUAUUGCCACCCCUGUUCACAACAUGUUGCCAGGUUCUUGCUGUUUCAUUUUGGAUCCAUCUUUGACCUAUCUUGUAGAAGAGAAGAUGGAAUUAUCCUGCCUCCCUCCAGGGCACCAGCGGCUGUCGGUGACGAGCCUGCUUGUCUGCCAUGGAUUGCUGAUGGUCGGCACCAGCCUGGGAGUCCUCGUGGCCCUGCCGGUCCCGCGUCUACAGGGGAUUCCCAAAGUGACUGGAAGAGGCAUGGUCUCCUACCACGCACACAAUGGUCCUGUCAGAUUCAUUGUCCUGGCCACGGCUCUGCACGAGAAAGGCAAGGACAAAUCCAGGGACAGCCUGGCUCCCGGCUCUGAGCCCCAGGACGAAGACCCGAAGGACGCACUUCCGAAUGAGGGAGCUGGUUCAUCCCUGAGCCAGGGCGACCCUGACGCAGCCAUCUGGUUAGGAGAUUCACUGGGAUCGAUGGCUCAGAAAAGCGACGUGUCCUCCUCCUCUGGGUCCCUGAGCUUGUCUCACGGCUCCAGCUCUCUAGAGCACAGAUCAGAGGACGGCACCAUCUAUGACCUCCUGAAGGAUCCUGUCUCACUGAAAAGCAAAGCACGACGGGCCAAGAAAGCCAAGGCCAGCUCGGCGCUGGUGGUCUGUGGAGGGCAGGGCCACCGCCGGGUGCACAGGAAGGCCCGGCAGCCUCACCAGGAGGAGCUGGCGCCGUCCGUCAUGGUCUGGCAGAUCCCCCUGCUGAAUAUAUAAGCAGGACGGCUGCCUCCUGCUGCCAGAAUUUGCAAUCAAGGGUGACUUCUCAGCUAAUCCUGCGGCAUGAGUGAUUAAGCUGUGUCUACACUGGUUGGGAAUAAAUUAAAAACAGUAUUCGGGGGAGAAUGUGCAAUAUCGUAAUGGUGGAGUUCCCGCCAAUUCCUUCCCUUCUGUACAGCAGAAGUAAACAUAAGCACUUCCAAAGGCAGAAGAUUGAUGCAAUUUUCAAUAAUUGAGUGCAGUUCUGGGAAAACAGCACAUUCUUCUUGACUGCUGUAGUCCGUAUAUAAAUACUAAACGUUAGACUUCAUCCGUCAGACCUGUUGUAUCAUAUUCCUUAGAGAAUUUGCAGACUAAGAAUUUAUGAGAAAAUAUGUAUUCAAUAGUGUAGCCAUUUAUUAACAAUUCUUAAAAAUAAUUUUACCUGAUUCAGAUUCACGACUUUUAUUUAUAUUCUAUAUUUUUGAAUUUUAGAAAAAAAUUUGUUAACAGUUUUAAAUGCCAGGUAACACCUACCAAUCCAGCUAGCAUGAUUUGCUUUCAGAAAUAAACUGGGUUUUCCAAAGUGGUCUAAUGUGUGUACUGUAUAUUUUAACAAAGUAAUAUUUUUAUAUUGCAUUUUCUAUUAAAAAAUUAACAGUUAAUGUUUCAGUCGAUAUAUUAUCUGUAGCAUUUCACAAAUAAUGUUUGCUUCAAACCAAAAUGCUCAACACCCGUCAACAUUUGGACUUAAGCAUCAACGCCAAAUUAUUCCUCCAUUCUCACAUCAAUGGACCCGGCAUACACAUGAGAAACGUCUGUGCUUCCGUGUUAGAGGAAAUAGGCAGAGAAGUCUUGUUUAGUUCCUCCAUGCAGCUCCUUGGUCCUACUGACCCGGAAUGCUGUGCCCACUUUUGAACAUACGCUCCAAAUGACUCCUGGUGCUAAGGCCGUGCCGGCUGCUGUCACUGGCAGUGGGACCCAGGCCAAGAAGUGUGACCUCGGACCAGCCCGUCUGUCGCGCAGACGCCUCCUCUGCACGCAUAGGUUUCUAGUCUGCAGCUGCAGAGCCACCCCUGCGUGACAAGGUGCAUAAUUAGUGCACACCAUCAUGUCAAGGUGCAUACUUAGUGAGUGUGAGCAUAUCAGUGUUUUACUCACUGAACAGAUAACAAGGAAAAAAACCCCUAACGCAGGCAGUCACCAGAAAUAAAUUUCUCAGCACUUUACAGAUGACUAAAAAUGUUACUUUUAUGACAAAUAUUUUCUAGGUUGAAUCUAUCUCCCCAUGUGAAAGUGAUUUCUUCCCAAGCCUUCUCAAACUGUUAGCUGCUGUCUGGCUUCAUAAAUAAAGUAUUUUUAUUUUAAAAUGCA